UUUUUUUUUUAUUGACAGUUUUCUUAUUAUUGCUUAUUUUUUUUCUUUUAAUUUCACCUGCAAAUGACAACAACCACCUCUCACAUAGCUCAGCUUAUCCAUCAUUCUCAGUGGAUACUCCGACGAUUUAUCUCAAUACAUACGUCCACGGAACAAACAAAGAAACAAAUCGCUUCUGAUCUCCUUGUCACUGCCGAAGAUUGUUUAUUCGGACGUCAUGGUCUUCGUGUGGAUCGAUUCAGAGCGGUCGCUUUAUUGCGCCAAGCUUGCGACUUCGAAAGUGCGGAUGCUCAAGCCGUGCUUGGGUUCUGUUAUGAAUUUGGUCUUGGUCUUGCAAAAAAUGAUAAACAAGCCGAACUAGCCUAUCUACGUAAACUUAACGACGGUCAUGCUGAAAUGAAUGCUUAUCGCAUACUGGCCUUGAGCCGGAUGCUCAUGUUACGGCGCCACGGCCGACCCCACGUUGAAAUGAAUCUCGUUGAGGCGCAAUAUUACGAAGAACAACUUCGAGGUUAUCACGUGAAUUGGAUUGCGCAAGGAGCACAACAGUACGGAUGUCCCGCCUGCCAGUACUGUUUAGGCGUGCUAUACCACGACGGCAUCGGCAUGGACAGAGAUUUGGACCAAGCAUUGGAAUGGUAUCGGCGCAGUGCCGACCAGGGUCACUGUCGUGGACAGGGAAUCCUAGGUUACUGCUAUAGUGAGGGCAUUGGCGUGGCAAAAAACGAACGUGAGGCACUGAAAUGGUACCAGCGUGCAGCUGAACAAGGAGAAGCUGCAGCGUUGUACAAUGUCGGUUACUGCUAUGAGUGCGCCAUUGGUACAGAAAAGGAUAUGACGAAAGCUAUGGAAUACUACCAUCAAGCGGCUGCUGAAGGGAAUGCCAUGGCACAGAAUGCGUUGGGAUAUUGCUAUGAAGACGGAUUGGGAGUGACACCAUCGUACCGUGAGGCGGUGUCAUGGUACAGAAGAUCAGCUCACCAGGGGUACCCCUGGGCGCAAUGCAACUUGGGCUAUUGUUACGAAAACGGACUGGGAGUGCGUUCCUCCACAACACAGGCAUUUCAUUGGUAUAUGAAAGCUGCAUCUCAGGGGCAUGCCAGAGCGCAACAUCACGUCGGGGUUUGUUAUCAGCAUGGCUACGGCGUGAAGAAAAACGGUAAAACAGCCUUACAAUGGUACAAGAAAUCGGCGGAUCAAGGUCACUUGGCGGCGUUCCAUUCCCUUGGUCACUGUUACCAGUACGGCAUUGGUGUUUCCGCAAAACCGCACGAAGCCGUUUAUUGGUAUCGUCAGGGUGCCCGUCAACAUCACCCUCCCGCUCAGCUCGCUUUGGGACAUUGUUAUCGCAACGGCAUCGGAGUUCCCAAGAAUAGAAAACAGGCAGUUGCAUGGUUUAAACGAUCCGCGAAACAAGGCAACGCCAUGGCACAGAAUUCCUUGGGAUUUUGUUACGAGGAGGGAUUAGGGGUAGCGCGAUGUGAACGAACUGCAGUCCGAUGGUAUAUGAAAGCCGCGACACAGAACAAUGCAUGGGCGCAAUGCAAUCUUGGUAACUGUUAUGCCAGUGGGACGGGAUUCCCCAAGAAUGCAAGCAUGGCAGUCUACUGGUACCAAAAGGCGGCUCAACAACACCAUGCGAGGGCUCAAGAGCGGUUGGGGAUGCACCUUCAACUCGGCGAAGGCAUACCGCAGGAUCUCGAGUUGGCGUACUUUAUGUUUCGACAAGCAGCACAGCAAGGUCAAGUGACAGCCCAAUAUCACUUGGCCAUGUGCUACGAAAAAGGACUCGGCGUGCAGGCCAAUAUCGAAGAAGCGCUUGCAUGGUUCGAAAAGGCUGCUUUGGCUGGAUGCCGCGAAGCCUUUGAACGCAAGAGACAAUUAUUGCUACGCCAUUGUCUGGAAGCUUCUUCUCUGGUCGAAGAUACGUUUUCCGAUGAUGUAUUGUGCUGGUUGCAGCGAAGCAAAGAUCAUCCCGUGCACACAAGUUACAAACACUGUGCGCCUGCAGCCUAAUUUUUUUUUGCCUCAUAUACAAUACCACAAUAUCAUUUUCAUGUAAAUAGACAAAGCAUAUCAUCUAGAAGAAUUCACAAUAAUAAAAAAAUGACCGGAUUGCAUAUACGCUUUUUUAUGAUUCUUCAG